CUCAAAUAAAUGACAAAAGAAAAUAAUCGAAAAACCGGUAUCUUUAUUUUGUGUUCCAUUAAAUAAAAAAUUUCGUGUAAAUUGCUAAAAAAAAUAAUUUCAAUUAAAUAAUACCGUCACAUAAUAAAAAUCGUAAUUUUUUGAAUGCAACUGAGGAUAACAUAAAUAUAUAGCAAACUGAAAAAGAUAGACACAUAAGAUUGCAGAUAUAUCGAACUGACAAAAAUGGCAAUCACUGACACUUUGCAUUACAUUACCAUUGGUAAUCCCGUGAGUAAAGCUGUAAUUUCCAGCACAACAUCGAUAUUUUCCCGCGGAACAUCUGCAAGCUCUACAGCGUCUUCCGUAAAAGCCUCAACCGAAGUAGUCGCCGCAAAAGUUAUGGGCAGCGCAAUCCCACCACUAUGGAAAUUGGCAGGACGUAACCAAUAUUUCGUGCGUUUAGCAGGCUUAAGCGGCGCCUCCGCAGUUAUACUCGGUGCAAUUGGUAGUCACAAAUUGCAUCCAACACACGAAAAGGAUGAGACGAAAACCAUCUUCGAAACGGCCAAUCGUUUCCAUUUCUUCCACUCCUUGGCGCUACUUAGUGUACCAUUGGCUAGAUAUCCUGCUGUGACUGGCAGCCUAUUGUUGGCUGGCACAUUCUUAUUCAGCGGUACUCUAUACUAUCGUGCAUUUACUGGUGAUAAACAGUUUGCUCGUUUUGCACCAUAUGGCGGAUUUUGCUUAAUUGUUGGCUGGCUGACGCUAUUGCUUUAAAUAUUGGAAAACUGUUCGCGAGAAGGAUAAAAAUAAUAAAUAAGAAGUAUUUUGUGUUACAUAAGCAAAUCUGAAAUGGAAUACAACUAAUGUACACAUAUGCAUGUAUAUACUCAUUUUAAUAAUCACAGAAUUAAAUGGUCUUUGAUAUGAAUGAAUGAAUGUGAUAUGAUAUGAUUUGAAGUGUACGCAAUAAAUGCAGGCGUUAUCGGAAAUUUCAAUAAAAUUGAAAAGUGUUCGCGUUUAUAAAACAUGCAUGUA